AAGAAGAUGCCUCUACCUUUUGGGUUAAAAUUGAAACGAACUCGACGUUAUACAGUAUCCAGCAAGAGUUGCUUGGUGGCUCGUAUCCAGCUGCUUAAUAAUGAAUUUGUGGAGUUCACGCUGUCGGUGGAAAGCACGGGCCAGGAAAGUCUGGAAGCGGUGGCUCAGAGGCUUGAAUUGCGGGAGAUUACGUAUUUCAGUCUGUGGUAUUAUAAUAAGCAGAAUCAGCGCAGAUGGGUAGAUUUGGACAAGCCUCUGAAAAAGCAGCUGGACAAAUACGCCUUGGAGCCAACUGUGUAUUUUGGAGUAGUGUUCUAUGUGCCUACUGUUUCUCAGCUUCAGCAGGAGAUUACCAGAUAUCAGUAUUAUUUGCAAUUAAAGAAAGAUAUCUUGGAGGGCAACAUUCCUUGCACACUGGAACAAGCAAUACAUCUGGCUGGUUUAGCUGUUCAGGCUGAUUUUGGAGACUAUGAUCAGUAUGAAUCUCAGGAGUUUCUACAAAGAUUUGCUUUGUUUCCAGUGGGUUGGCUACAAGAAGAAAAAAUAUUGGAAGAAGCAACACAGAAAGUUGCCUUGCUACAUCAGAAGUACAGAGGCCUUACUCCUCCUGAUGCAGAAAUGUUAUAUAUGCAGGAAGUGGAGAGAAUGGAAGGCUAUGGUGAAGAGACCUAUCCUGCAAAGGACAGCCAAGGAAGUGACAUAUUCAUUGGAGCAUGUCUUGAUGGUAUCUUUGUGAAACACAAAAAUGGUCGUCCUCCUGUUGUAUUUAGGUGGCAUGAUAUUGCCAACAUGUCCCACAACAAAUCCUUUUUUGCAUUAGAGCUGGCAAACAAAGAAGAGACAAUCCAGUUCCAAACUGAAGAUAUGGAAACAGCAAAAUACGUGUGGAGGAUGUGUGUGGCUAGACACAAAUUUUACAGACUAAAUAAAUGCAGCCUACAAACCCAACCUGUUACAGUGAAUCCUGUUAGAAGGCGGUCUUCAUCCAGGAUGUCUAUGCCCAAACCUCAGCCGUAUAUGAUGCCUCCACCACCUCAGCUGCAUUACAAUGGUCAUUAUACUGAACCAUAUGCAUCCUCCCAAGAUAACCUCUUUGUGAGCAAUCAGAAUGGAUACUACUGUCACUCUCAGACUAGCUUGGAUAGAGCCCCUCAUGACUACAGUGGUCGAAUCCGCAAUGGUAGUGUCUAUAGUGCACAUAGCACAAACUCCUUGAACAAUCCACAGCAUUACUUGCAGCCGUCCCCCAUGUCCUCUAACCCAAGCAUUACUGGAAGUGACAUCCUCAGGACUGAUUAUGUCCCGUCACACAGACAUAGUGCACUAAUACCACCUUCUUAUCGUCCCACGCCAGACUACGAAACUGUGAUGAGACAGCUCAACAGGGGAAUGGUGCACACAGAUAGGCAGAGUCAUUCAAUGAGAAAUCUUAACAUCAGCAAUUCAUAUGCUUACAGCAGGCCUGAUGCCUUAGUUUACAGUCAACCUGAAAUACGAGAACAUGCUCACUUCACUUCCCCACAGUCUAACCAUUAUCCGUUUAACCUGAACUACAGUUUUCAUAGCCAAUCCCCCUAUCCCUAUCCUCCUGAAAAGCGCCCAGUUGUUGGGGCAGUCAGUGUUCCUGAGCUGACAAAUGUGCAGCUCCAGGCUCAGGACUAUCCAGCACCAAAUAUAAUGAAGACCCAAGUCUAUCGACCACCUCCCCCAUACCCGUACCCAAGACCUGCAAAUAGUACUCCAGACCUUUCACGACAUAUCUACAUUAGCAGCAGCAAUCCAGAUCUUAUCACAAGGCGAGUGCACCAUUCUGUCCAGACAUUUCAGGAAGACAGCCUGCCUGUGGCACAUUCUCUUCAGGAAGUCAGUGAACCUCUAACGUCGGCACGCCAUGCUCAGCUGCAGAAAAGGAACAGUAUUGAAAUAGCAGGCUUGACUCCCAGCUUUGAAGGAAUAAGAAUUAAAGAAAGGACCAUGUCAGCUUCUGCAGCAGAUGUGGCUCUUCCAAGAGUUAUCUCAGAAGGGUCACAGCCCAACAUUCUGAUGGAGAGGACAAAGCAAAAAGAAAGUGAGCAAGAAGAAAGUGUAAACUGUGAUCAUAAGAAAACCCUUUCAGAUGCCACUAUGCUGAUUCAUAGUAGUGAGGAAGAAGAAGAAUUUGAAGAAGAAAGCAAGGCUAAUACAAGUCUCUCUCCUCUCCCUGAAGAUCAAACCCAGCUGUCAUCCGUUAUGGGUGGUUAUUCUCAUGAUUCAAUACUGAACUACCCUUAUAGCUCUGUUGCUUCAUCUGCUGGCCCUUUGCAUAUUCUUGAGCCUAAAUUACAUAUUACAGAGACAGAAAAGAGAAUGAAAGAUAUGAGCCCCAUUCAUUUACUGGUAGAAAGCCAGGUACAGAGAAGAGGGGAAGGACUGCUUACUCCAUCCAUGUCGGAAUCUGAUCUUACAACAUCAGGGAGAUACAGAGUAAGGAAAGAUUCAGUAAAGAAGAGACCUGUGUCCGAUUUUUUGUCUGGGAAGAAGAAUAUUGUGGAAGGCCUUCCCCCGCUAGGUGGUAUGAAAAAGAAUAAAAAUGAUGCAAAAAAAAUAGGGCCUCUAAAGCUAGCUGCCCUAAAUGGACUAGCUUUGACUAGAAUGCCUCUGCCAGAUGAGAGGAAGGAAGAAUCAACAAGAGCAACAAAUGAUGAACGGUGUAAAGUUCUAGAACAACGGUUAGAGCAGGGGAUGGUGUUUACUGAAUAUGAGCACAUUCAGAAAAGAAGACUUAUAGAUGGUGAGUGCUCAAUAGCUCGGCUUCCUGAAAAUGCUGAAAGAAACAGAUUCCAGGACGUCCUUCCUUAUGAUGAUACCAGAGUAGAGCUAGUCCCAACCAAAGAAAAUAACACAGGUUACAUCAAUGCAUCUCAUAUCAAGAUUUCUGUUGGAGGCAUAGAGUGGGAUUACAUUGCUACACAGGGCCCUUUGCAGAAUACAUGUCAGGAUUUCUGGCAGAUGAUCUGGGAGCAAGGGAUUGCCAUCAUAGCUAUGGUGACGGCAGAGGAAGAAAGUGGGCGAGAAAAAAGCUUCAGAUACUGGCCACGUCUUGGUUCAAGACACAACACGGUAACAUAUGGAAGAUUUAAGAUUACCACACGGUUCCGUACUGACUCAGGCUGCUAUGCAACUACAGGUUUGAAGAUUAAACAUCUUCUGACAGGGCAGGAGAGAACAGUUUGGCAUCUGCAGUAUACUGAUUGGCCAGAGCAUGGCUGUCCAGAGGAUUUAAAGGGAUUUCUCUCAUACUUGGAAGAGAUACAGUCAGUGCGACGCCAUACGAACAGCACCGCCGAUCCUAAAAACUGUAAUCCUCCUGUACUGGUACAUUGCAGUGCAGGUGUAGGACGAACAGGAGUGGUCAUACUGUCAGAGAUCAUGAUCGCUUGCUUGGAACACAAUGAGAUGCUGGACAUCCCACGAGUGCUGGACAUGUUGAGGCAGCAGAGAAUGAUGAUGGUGCAGACUCUUUCGCAGUAUACUUUCGUCUAUGGAGUUCUCAUUCAGUUUCUCAAAAGUUCCAGACUUAUAUAAUCCCUGACACUUCCUAAGAGACACUGCAGGAGCUUACAGAAAGAAAAUUACAGUUGUCCAGGCAGACCUGCUCUCACUGGUGUUUUCUUCGUGUGAUGAAUCAACACAAUUACCUUUUAGGGCUGGUAUG